AUGGCGCUACCCGCGAAGGUGCAGGCCAGCAUCAUGUCUUGGUUAGACGAAAGCUCCACUGCAAUCGCUUCUGGACAAUCUGAGCCAGCAGCCGCAGAAGAUGAUUACUCGUAUCCUGUGAUUACCCCUGCGGACCUGUUCUCUCUGAGCUCGGGAGGCUUCGCGGCGGGCUCGCCUGGCGUGGUCGUCAAGGAUGGAUUUCUCGGCAGAGAGCAAGCAUUGCAAGCUCACGCGGCUGCGCUUGAGGUUGAGAACCGCGGAGAAAUGAAGCCUGCCGGUAUGGGCCGAAGGGAUGGAGUCUGGCAUGGCCAGCAGUCCAGGGGUGACAGUAUCAUGUGGAUCACGGAAGGCAUUCGGGGCAAGGGAGAGCUUCCGGAGGGCCUCGAAAACCUACUGAUGCGCUUGUCCGCCUUGAGAGGGCCGCUUAACGACGGUUGCGGAUUGCCUACGACCUCCUCUGCGCCAGGACUGGGCCUGGUGAAGGACACUACCUCCGUGCAGCUGGCGAGAUAUCCGGGCGACGGGCGCGGCUACGUGCGACACCGGGACACCCCGCGGAGUGCUCAGGAUAGCGAGGAAGCAGAGCGGAAGAUUACUGCGCUGUACUACCUCAAUCCCGACUGGAGACCCUCCAUGGGGGGCCAGCUGCGGGUGCACCUGGACAGCCGCCCCGAAGCAGCGGCGGAAGAAGGAGGACCCCGACCAGCGGGUGAGGAGGAGGAGAAGGCCGGCCGCAAGUGGGACAUCGAGCCGGUGUUGGACCGCCUGGUGCUCUUUCGCAGCGACCUCGUGGAGCACGAAGUGCUACCGGCGUCCGCCCCUCGACUUGCCGUCACCCUUUGGUUCUACGGCAGACAGCUGGGACUCCCGGCGUCGCCCUCGACGCGAAGCCCGUCGUCGGUCCCACCACUCCCAGCUCCGGAGCAGCAGCUGGCGGCGGGAGACGACACUCGCGACAAAGUUCGCCCGCUACCGUCGCCCGCCGGGAGUGGCGCAGCGCACGCAGCCGAGGCCUCGAUAUUCGUGAGCGUCGUGAGCUACCGAGACUCGGAGGCAAACCCUACCGUAGUCGACCUGUUCGCUCGCGCGACCAACCCGGAGCGAGUGAGCGUGGGUCUGGUGUGGCAGCUAGAGGCGGGCGUUGCGGAAGACGAGGCGAUGCACCGGGCGACGCCCGGGGGCAAGGAGAUCAGGGGCGGGCGGGUUCGGUCGUUGUUCAUGCCGGCGGCGGACGCGGCGGGUCCUUCCUGGGCCCGGCGCGUGGCGCAGUCUAUUUGGAAGGGGGAGAAGUACGUGCUGCAGAUCGACAGCCACACGCGGUUUCGACCUGGCUGGGACUCCUACCUCAUCCACACCCUGCAGAGCUGCCCGUCCUUCAAGCCGAUCCUAACCACGUACCCGGUGGGGUACCAGCUGCCGCACAAGAUCCCGGCGGGGGAGACCAGGCCGACGCUGCUUGUCCCCGACGGCUUCGGGCCGGACGGGAUGCUGCGCCAGACGGGCAGGCUGCUCCUGCGGAAGGCGCGCGACCCGCUGCCUUCUCCGCUUUGGGCCUCGGGGUUCAGCUUCAGCGCGAGCGCUGUGCUCGUCGAGGUGCCCUACGACCCGGGUCUCAGGCACUCGUUUUUCGGUGAAGAGGCCUCGAUGGCGGCGCGUAUGUUCACCCGGGGUUGGGACUUCUUUGCCCCCCCGCAGGCGGUGGUGUAUCACCUCUGGACCAGAGGGCACCGUGCCAGCUUUCGGCAGAACUCAACGAAAGAGGCCGAGGCGGAAGAGGCAGCCGCGAAUCGUCGGCUCCGCUGGCUACUUGGUGGCGGCGGCACCACCUCUUCUUCCUCGCCGCCGGGAAACGGAAACGGUGGUGAAGGCGAGGGCAGCACCGACGGGGACCACGGCGGAGCCGCAGAGGGUGGUUUCUCGGAGGGUAAGGAGGAGGAGGGGCAGGAAGCCUGGGGGCAACAGGGGAGCGGGGAGGAUGAGCAGCACUGCUAUUUCGCCCGUCCUGGGUACAUAUGUAGAGGGGGGGGGUCAUGGUCGCCAGAAGAAGUUUCGGAACGCUACACACCGAGCUACUAGAGUGCGGCAGCCGGUUGUGUCAAUUCUCUCGUUCUGCGGAGACCGUCAGGCUACAGGGCCUGGUGUACACUCUCAAGAAAUAUCUUAGCACCCA